UGGUUUAUUGUAAAUUGUUGGUUUGCUUAAGCUUAAUAAAAAGUGAAAACACUUAAAAUGGUCUUUAAAACCCACUUAUUUCCCAGUAAUGUCUGGCUGGUAACGGUCUGGGAGAUUGACAGGCGGUCAUAAAUUAUUCAACCCUGUCGGCUCACCUGAGAAGUCUCUUCCGCAUCGCCGGAAAGGUUCCCCUCUCCUCGUUGCAAGCAGGACCGCAGCCCCCCCUUUUUGUGUGAGAUGUUGUAUCGUCAUGGUAACUGAAGGUCCGUCGGCUCGUUCGUGGUGAGUUUUAAACGAUUCAUUUGAUCUGCACUUUAAAACGAUUUUAAAACACAAAGUCUAAACCUUUUUCUGUGCACGUUUGUAUUUCUUGCACACAGAUGUUGUACCUCUAGUUUCAGGGAAUGCAUUUAUUUUUUAUUUUUUUUAGGUGGACUAUACUUGUGUAGUUGGCAGUCUGGCGGCCCGGCACGGUGUCGGGUUCACGUCCUACGCAGCAGUAAAUUAACCACUUAGUUUUGUUACAUUAACGGUGUUAUGCGUCACUUGUUUUCCCCGCUUCACUCAUUCUAGUCGUCUCCGCGGCGAUAAAAGAGUUUUAUUGUAUUUAAGUAUUUCCAUUUGUUUUUGAUGGGAGUCGUAGGUGAAAGCGUUUCCUUCCGAAAAUGGAGGCGAGGCAGCUGAAGAGAGACGUCGAGGCGCUCAUAGACGAUUACAUCGGGCAGAAGCUCAGAGAGAAAUCUUUUGACCCAAAGGGGAAGAAGGGGACCUCCACAAUGGAUGACCUGGCUCACUAUGACCUGGCUGUCAGAGUCGCCCUUUGGUGGUUGGACACAGACGAGGGACGUGAAGUGCUGGACGGAGACAUCGUCGGGGCAGCGAGCAGCUCAGGAGGCGCCCGGUAUCCAGAUCGCUCAGAGCGGGAGGCCAUGAUCCUGUCGUCCUUUGCCGGGAUAAUUAUGAGCAGCCUUCCAGUGGAGGAAAUCUUGGCUCUGUACCGGUGUAGACCGGCUGCUUCAUUCCCGAACCAGCAAGCCAAGGGCGCGAUCGUGUAUCCCUUCACCCUGUCCUACCAUCCGUUUGCAAUGCUCGGCUCCUACAAGGCCGUUUACCACUCAAGGAAGCACAGUCAAAAGUUGAACCGGUGGCUGUCUGAGAGGAUGAAGGCGAGCGGCGCGGCCCCCGGACGAGCGGCGGGGAACUCUUCGGCGUCUUCCUCCUCCUCCUCGUCACACUCCUUCCUCAGUGACCACAGUGCUCAUCCUGAGAAGAGGGCUGAGCACUACGAAGGUUCGCUGGACGACUGAAGUCCACUUCCUGCACUUUGAUUCUCGUCCUCACAGCGAUGGACUUUCACGUCUUAUUUACUUCCGUGAGGAAAAAAAAAAGUGUUUGAGUUUAAUAGUUUCUCACGUCUGCUUUCUUUUCUUUCAAUGUUCACUUUAUACCUUUUUUACACGUCAAUCUUUACAGCUUGAGGGAUAUUUUCAGCAUUUGGAGGCAGUUCAUGAAGCCAUUUUUGUCAUAAUGACUUGUUGCUUGUAAGGGUUAAUAUAAUAAAUGAUAAGAGUGAGAAGUAAAACACAUGAAAACUUGAUAAAUGCUGUUUGAUAAUUACAUUUUUUUUACACCUCGAAUACCAAAAUAUAUUAUGCCAAUAACGUUUGACUAAACUAAUAAAUAACUACUCGUACUUUC